AACUUUGAAACAGGAAGUGCUCAAUUGCAUCUCCUCGUGCAGUUUCCAGUGCUUAACAUUUCCGAUACAAUCAGGGAUGAGCACUUGGUGAUGCGACAGAAGGAAUUUAUCUUUUGCCUCCAGCGAAACUUACUUAGUCCUCACGUAAGUUUACAUUGUUCUGGUGAAAUGUUAGCCGGGAGGAAAAGGGGAGAAGAAUUGGACCUGUCGUUUGCUACAGUUCUCCCCGAACUCCUCCUCCCAGGUCUUCAUAGUUUUUUCUUACCAAUAAUGGUUACGCAACGACUGCGAACUACCGCUAUAUUGCUACUCAGCAAAUUUAUAAAUUUAGGCAUAUCUAAAGGCGGAGCUUGCAUUCAGAAACCAGUAUUUAGAAUACUGAAUUCUUUCAAGUUGUUAGUUUAGUGUUCUUGACAAAGGCAACGUGUACAUAAAAACGAUCUCUAGACUAAUAAACAGUUAACAGACCCUCUGUGCGCUGCUGCUGGAUGGAUUUAAGAAACUGGUCUUCCAAGUGCUACAAUCAAUUAUACAUUCAGAAAGGGAAGUAUCCUGAAAGAGUUUAUAGUUUGUUGGCUAGUUUGUUCAAUGAAGAAAAGGUUUUCAGUAUUUUUCUACACUCGUUCAGAUCACCUGUGUUGUCAAAACUUGUUAUAAAAGUAAAUUAUCAUUAUCAUUAAAAAAUCUCCCAGAGACCUUAGAGGCAUUUUUUUAAAAGGGCUUUAUAACUUUGACAAUUUUAUACGUAGAAGACUGACAGACCACAACAAGAUAACAUUUGCAAUAAAAUAUCUUCCCAUGUCACAUCCAAGGUAAUGACGUCAUCAAUCACGUGACUAUCGCCGAAUUAGUUUUUUUUGUUGCUGUGACAAGAUUUCAUUAACGAGUUAAAAAAAUAGGAUAUUUGAGGUUUUAGAUGUGUUGGGCGUUUAAAAAUAACUAGUUGACUUCCGGCAUUUAAAAUUUAAGGAGGUAAUGCAGCCUAGUCCCCAGGCGUUUUCGGCUCGGUCAUUCCUGGACUCUACCAUGAGCUGUGACGUCACAGAGAGAUACUUGCCGAGUGCGCCUAGCCAAUAUUGCCAGAUCAAAUAUGGCGGCCUUUCCUGUCAGGUUGCUGUAACUUCAGUAGGUAGCUGAAAACCCGUCUUUGGAACAGGAAGAGUUUCUAUAUAUAUGUGCAUGCCAAAGCGACAAAAAAAGUUUAGGUUUCUUAAAUACGGAUCCGCAAAGCCAAGUUUUGUUCAACUGAAGCGGACUUUCUGAACUUUCACGCGCAGCAACUUGUAUCAGACGAUCGAUGAACUUCUUUCUUCAAUUAGUGCCAAUGAAUCUCUACACGAGGAGUUCACAGGUUACGGACUGUUGUCGAAACCCUGUAAACGAGGAAACAAGGCAAACGUGCAUAUAUUGUCAAAACAUGCUUCAUUUCUGGGCAUUUGCAAGCAUUUGCUGAUGUUUUAAAACGACACAUUAAAAGUGUCUUUCCGAGAAAAAGAAACACAAAAGGUAGGUACUGUCGGUUUUGAUUCAACUCGUAAUGUAUAUAUUUUUUUUUACUAAAGCGGCGUUUUCCAACGGAAAAACGGCACAUCUUUCUUCACCUUUCUUACGUUCCUCACGAAAUACAGAUAUUGAGGGCCUAGAUAGGUGUCUCGAUGCCGCACUUAAAUUUUUGACUGCUAAAAUUGUAUAUAACUAUUCAGUUGAAAGAUAUUUUGACUAAUUUGCUCAGACAAAAGAUUAAGGUCAUAUUCUAGUAAUAAGUUCAAGAUUAACAAAGUCAGAACCGAAUUAUUCAAAGGCACUUUUUUCAAUAGAUUACCAAAUUAGGUCGGUGGUUAGGUUACCUGGUCCCUGGUCCCUCCACCGUCGUCACCGUCCGACAGAGGUCGACAAGGAUGUCAGAAGUUCAGGGGAAAGCAAAGCAUACAAGACAUGUAAAGCGUGCAAAAAAAUUAAGCUAUGUGACGGACAACCGUGUUUUCCUCGACCGAUGGAAAGACGCCUUACGAGCAGGGAGAGAAUUGUACGGUCAUACUGUUCAGUCGGUAGCCGCGCGAUCGACAUAGUUCAUAAAUUUCUUGAACGUUCCCCGGCAUGGACCAAGCCAGGGUUUAUUGUGAGCUUUACGUCUGGCUUCGAUCCGUUAAAGAUUUAAUUCUACGAGAAAACCUAAAACUUUACUUGAAAACUGUCAAUCACCAUAUAGAAGGAACUAUACUCUUUUUAACUAUAUUUUUUACCCUUCACUGAAGCGGUCCAGUGGUUAGAGGAGUUAACUUUCAACUCUAACUGAUUCGGAGAGACUCUAAAGUUCGAAUCCCCUUCAGCAAAUUUUUCAUAACCUUUUUUUUUAUUUUCUUUUUCUUUUUUACUUUUUCUUUACCUGUGUGGUGCACAUAACGUAAUGUGAUUAACAAUAUACACGAAAAAAUUUCUGAAUUCUGAUUGGCUGAGAAAGGAGUGCAGCUCUUCUGUAAUUAACACGAGUGCAAACUUGUGACACGAGUACAAAACUUGUAGCACGAGUGCAAAUUACAAAUGGUUUCUGAUUAACUGAAAACACAAAAGAAACCACCAAGAACUAAUCAGAUUCGGAGCUGUUUUAGCAACAAAAUUCAAGAAAAUGGCCAUGGUUUUCAGCAGACGGGGACGGUAUUUAAUUUUGUACGCAAAACAACAAUAGAAAAGUUAAAGAAAUAUUCGAAAAACCCGGACACAGUAAAAAGUACGUUUUUCUGGCUAAAUGUAUUGAAAAUGCGACGCUAAGAGAAAAAUACUGUCAACAAAAUCGAGGAAAAUGAGCCAGAGAAACUAAAAAACAAGCUACUUAUGACAGACUACGCUAAAGUAAAAAAAUAAAGAGCAAAAACGGUGGCAACCACACGCAAACCAUAACAGCUACACUUUUCAAGCAUUUAAAUGAACAAGGAUACAAGUUUUCCAUGAUAGCAACAGGGAUUUCAAGUCACGUACGUUAUUUGUUGGAGGAGAAAGGUGUUCGGUUGCUCUCUUUGAGUCUUUGUGGAGCGACUAUUAAAACAUCCAUGCUAUCGUCUGUUUUUCUCUAUCUCAUUGGCAAACGAAAACCGAAAAUUUAAACAUCUGGUCUAAACUAAGCCAAUAGGCGAAAAUAUCAUAACAAACCUAAUGAAAGUAUCCGUAGCUGGUACUAGCCUUAAAAAAGUGAGAAAAAAGUUUAAGAAUCAUUGUGCAAGAAAAAACAACAGUCAGGAAGCUGAAGAAAGCAAAGAUUGUAAGUUCAGAACAUAUCGCCAAUGUCACAAGUCACAGAGGUAUAAAUUUCCUUAACGACUACGAUGAAGCCGACGAAGAAGAGCUACGAUGACUCUUGCGGUAGGCCAAAUGAAAUAAUGAAAACCCCAGCGCUGACACAGGGUGAAAUAAGGCGUUUCCGUAUUUCGGAAAUCUUGCGGAAAUCUGAUGGUUCAAGUUUCCGUCACAUUUCCGGAGGGCGGAAACACGUAAGAGCAAAAUGAGGUCGCGUUUCGGGUUUCCGCAGCGUUUCCGCAGAGUUUCCGUUGGCUGAAAUGUACAAGGCUGUAUCAGUCGCGUUUCCGCAGACAAUUUUCUGCGGAAACUUGGUAGCUUUUAUCUUCGGUUGAUUUAAUUUUAAGUAGGCGAUGUGCUGCCAAGGAUUUCUCGGCAACAGCACUAUUUUUAAUAUUUUUCAUAUAAUAAAAUUUGUUUUAACUGUACUGAUUACGCUUCAGGCAAGAUGAGGAAUCAUUGCAUUGACCUAAAAUAUCUGAAAGAACAGAGAUAAUCGCCUGCGCUAAACUACACGUCGUAAAUACUGGAAAAGUGAUAGAUGAUUCUCUCUGUCUUCCUUUUUUCAGAGAUUCAAAGAUGUGUCAUUAAAAUUACUAGCGCUCCAAACAUUGACGCGUAAUUUGAAACAAUUUAGAAACAGCCAAAUAAAUUAUAACGCUUGCACGCAUUUUGCCUCGCUCUGGGGGCGCGAGUGUUACGAGCAUGCGUGCCUCGUUUUCACGUUGGAUUUUGAAUCGCGCGCCUUUUUGAACAUUCUUCGCUGUCGGUUCGCCUUCCAUUUUGGUGGUUUGUUCAUGCAGGACCAUUUUUUUGUCAAGAUAAGCGAGGAGAGUGUGAUAGAUUGCGGAGAUAGACUGCAGGGAGAAAUAAUACUUCGAAAAACUAUUUAAACGAAACGCCAAAUCCCAUGGAAGCGGUGAUGAAGGAGUUCAGUGUUCACUCUUCGCGACUCGAAUGCACCCUGAGUGUUUCAACCAUCAUUGAGAAGAAAGAACGCUUAUUUUAAACUGUGGAUCCUUGUUGUUUCGUAAGUACAUUCUGAAUCUUGUUUAAAUAUAUAGAGGCAUAUUUAAGUCUAUGUAAUAGCUUUGGGAGCAUUUCAUCGAUGUCGAUCAUAAAAAUCGUUUCACAUGUGAGCUUCAUGCGACAGCGAGUUGCUUCGUACAGAUCUGACCUUUGUAUGUUGCCUGUAGUUUCUUUGAUAGCAUAUGCCUGUAAAGCACGUCUUUGUCUGAUUUCUUUUACAAUAAAGACAUAGUUGCUGCAUGCACAUUUUAAUGGCGAAGAUGGCAGCCGUAAAAUACUUAAUCUGGAAUGAGGAAACGGAAUCACGGAACGGAGUACGGAAUCCAAUAGCAAUGACAGAAAAAUAUUAUAUAAAAAUUCCUUGACACUGAAAUGUACAAAACAUUUCCACUCCAAUUUCUGAGACUGUAGAUGUUUAUCACAAGGAUAAACCUGUACAAAAAUAAUAUUUAAUGUUCAUAUUAAUUUUUUGCAGACAACGUGCAUUUCCUUACUACCAAUGGGAAUUGUUCAAAAUUGAAAUAAAUGUAGUGCUUGUUACGAGACUUGUAGUGUGAAAAGGAACCUUUUCUCUUUGUGUACAUGCACAAUAACAAGUUUAAUAUGAUGGUGCAGAAAGGUUCUAAAAGUCACAAGAUUGUAGAGGGAUAUCAUUUCCUUACACUUCAAUUUGUCGUUAA